CACUGGUCAGCAGGCCUGGGGCAGACCACUGAGAGGCUUUAACAUGGCUGGUAAGAUCUGUGCACCAGAGGAGACUAGCACAAGUAUGAAACAAUCAAACAAAAGCAUGAAACAGCCAGCCCCAAGAAUCAGAAAAAAGAAGAGUUCUUGUCGACCAAAGCCCAGAGCCAGUGGCAAGGUGCAGAAGAAAACCACAAAGCCAAAAAGACCUCUUCAAAGGAAUUUGAGAAAAAAAACUCCUCGAGCAUCCCCUUCUUCCUUAAGAAUGCCUAACACAGCAAUAAGGCCAACGAUAUUCAUCUGUUACCACAAGCUGAGUGAGAAACAAAAUGAAAAUGAGCCGAGAGGGAAUAAGAAGCACUGGAAAAUCCAAAAGUUCCAAGUAACAUCCUGUACAGCUAGCAAAUGCCAAGCAUGGGCUAGAAACCUUGCAUCUUCUGAAGCAGCUGUGGAGAACUGGUCAAACACAUAAAGAUCAAAUCUGGAGCAACAGGGUACACAGAUUGAUAAAAGGAAAGUCAACAAGUUGUGAAAAGGCAAUGUGUUUGUGUGUCUAUGACAGAUGAAGGGGAAAAAAUGAAGAGACAGGCAUGUGAGUAGAGAGGGAGGUGAGGUCCUGGACGGUUGGGGGCCAGAC